UUCAUUUUCUAAAGGGUUAAAGAAGCUCUUGUUGUUUAUUUCCUUUCAUGGAGCAGUGGCUGUUAACAGCUUUCAUCACUGGUAGAUUAAAUGUACCUCAGUAGUGACACAGUGAUUCCUGAAUGUUCUGAUCGUCCUGAUUCAGUGUCUGAGUAACGCUAAUACUGCUUCCUAAUGUGGCUUGCUUGCAGAGGUAGAGAGCAUGAGGACACUGAAAAAUGUAGCUGUAAAAAGAGGAGGAUCUGUCACUAUUCCAUGUCUUUAUGAUGAGAAGUACAAAGCAAACAGUAAAUUCUGGUGCAAAGGGUACUAUUGGGCUACCUGCAGUAUCGUAGCCUAUGCAAACUCAAAUGGAAAUCCAUCAGUCAUUGAUCAUCCAGAGCAGAAUUUGUUGACGGUGGAACUGAACUCUGUCUCUGAGUCUGGAACGAGUUGGUGUGCUGUAGAAAUUGGGGAUAAAUGGCAGCCAGAUGACCGUGAUUAUUGGUACCUGACAGUUAGUCGAGAUCCUGAUCUGUCAGUGAAUGAGAGCAGAGUGAGAGGUGAGGAAGGAGACAACGUCACAGUCCAGUGUCUCUACAGUGCUGCGUAUCAGAAUACACAGAAGCAGUGGUGCAGAUUUAAAGAUGAACAAUGCAACACAGUGAGGACUAAAACAUCCCAGUUUUCAGGAGGGGAUGAUGGGAGAAGAUCCUUCAGUGUGACCAUGAGAAGACUGAAGAAGAGUGAUGCUGGAUGGUACUGGUGCAGUGCAGGAGAUCUGCAGGUUCCUGUUCACAUCAGUGUCAGUGAUCCACCUCCAGCAGUGACUACAACAGUGACUACAACAGUGACUACAACAUCCUUAAAUACAACAUUAGUAGAGAGCAUGAGGACACUGAAAAAUGUAGCUGUAAAAAGUGGAGGAUCUGUCACUAUUCCAUGUCUUUAUGAAGAGAAGUACAAAGCAAACUAUAAAUACUGGUGCAAAGGGUACCAUUGGGCUACCUGCAGUAUCGUAGCCUCUGCAAACUCAAGUGGAAAUCCAUCAGUCAUUGAUCAUCCAGAGCAGAAUUUGUUGACGGUGGAACUGAACUCUGUCUCUGAGUCUGGAACGAGUUGGUGUGCUGUAGAAAUUGGGGAUAAAUGGCAGCCGGAUGACCGUGAUUAUUUGUACCUGACAGUUAGUCAAGAUCCUGAUCUGUCAGUGAAUGAGAGCAGAGUGAGAGGUGAGGAAGGAGGCAGCAUCACAGUCCAGUGUCUCUACAGUGCUGCGUAUCAGUAUACACAGAAGCAGUGGUGCAGAUUUAAAGAUGAACAAUGCAACUCAGUGGGGACUGAAACAUCCCAGACUCCAGCAGUGUACAUCAGUGAUGAUGGGAGAGGAACCUUCAAUGUGAGGAUGAGUGGAAUGAAGAAGAGUGAUGCUGGAUGGUACUCGUGCAGUGCAGGAGAUCUGCAGGUUCCUGUUCACAUCAGUGUUGGUAGUGAAGCUCCAGGUCUUCCUAGAAAUCACACAAUAAACAAUCCAUAUCAUUUCAGUGACACUUUACUGACUCUUGGCAUCAUCUCCGGACUCUUGUUGGUGCUCAUGGUGGUUGGUUUGGGCAUCUGGAAGCUUAAACAGAAACGCACUGAACUUUUAGCUGCAAACAAAGGAUAUAGUCACAGUCUGAUAAGUGCUGAUGUGGUUUAUGAUAAUAUUUUGUCACAGAGCCAUCCAAAUGAGAAUCCCAAACGAUGUGAGGAUGAAGUGACAUAUAGUACUGUGACACAUGGACAACGCAAGGCAUCAUCGACCUCUGAGCCUGAAGUCUCCUACAGCUCAGUCAGAAUAUCUCAGCAGGCAACGGUCUCUGAAGUCCCCUCUAAUAACAGUGUCAUCUACAGCUCGGUAAAACAUCAGCAAUGAGAAGCUACUGAAAAAACACCAGCAUUGCAAAGUGCUUGUACACACCGGUGAUACUACCCACCAUUCUUGUGUUACUGCAUCCAGAAUAUGGGGGUCAUUUACUGUGAAACAAUAAGAAAGCCAGUGGAUUUUAUUUUCUUUCAGACCAUGAACUUCCCUUUUUGUAUCUGGUGAAGCGUGUCUGUGUUUGGGAGGAAGUUUUUCUUUGGUCUGCUCAAGAUCUGACGUGUGUGUGUGUGUGUGUGUGUGUGUGUGUGUGUGUGUGUGUGUGUGUGUGUGUGUGAGUGUGCGUGUGUGCACUUGUGCGCACGUGUGUGUGCAAUUGGGUGCACUUGGGUGCACGUGUGUGUGUGUGUGUGUGUGUGCGUGUGUGCACUUGGGUGCACGUGUGUGAGUGUGUGUGUGCACUUGUGUGCGUGUGUGUGUAUGUGUGUGUGUGUGUAUAUGAGUGUGUGUGUGCACUUGUGCGCACUUGUGUGUGUGCACUUGGGUGCACGUGUGUGAGCGCACUUGGGUGCGUGUGUGUGUGUGUGUAUGUGUGUGUGUGUGUAUGUGAGUGUGUGUGCACUUGUGCGCACUUGUGUGUGUGCACUUGGGUGCACGUGUGUGUGCGCACUUGGGUGUGUGUGUGUGUGUGUGUGUGUGUGUGUGCACUUGGGUGUACGUGUGUGAGUGUGUGUGUGCACUUGGGUGCAUGUGUGUGUGUGUGUAUGUGUGUGUGUGUGUAUGUGAGUGUGUGUGCACUUGUGCGCACUUGUGUGUGUGUGCACUUGGGUGCACGUGUGUGUGUGUGCACUUGGGUGCGUGUGUGUGUGUGUGUGUGUGUGUGUGUGUGUGUUUGUGUGUGUGUGUGAACUAAGCUUUAUAA